GGGGAGGAAAGUCACAUGGGCGGAAGGGAAGCAAGAUGCAAAGCUGUGCAUGAAGGAGAUUGAUACAACUAUUACCUUAUAGAGGUGGUAAUAGGGCAUUCCCAUACUGAAAUACUGCCAACAAGCUCCUUGGAAAAGACAGAACGAUGCCUGAAACGCACACUUCCGCAGUAUGGUGAAACGCAUGUUUCCGCCUAACAUAAUUUUAAACCCAUGAGUAGGCCUAAUUUAAGUAAUUUAAUAACUCCAGGUUGCUAAGCAAUGGCAUUCAGAGCAUGCCUAGGAAUGUGUAGGAUUGAGUCGCUUCAGACCAGGUUUCUUUCGCUGCUGGGACAGCAACUUCCAGUCUGUGCUGCAUUUAUGAGCUCGUCCUCAGCGUUUCAAGAAGAAAAACUAAGAAUAAGACAGGCCCAGCUUAUGUCUCGUGGGUUACCAAAACAGAAACCAAUUCCUGGUGUGAAGCAUGUAGUGGUAGUAGCAUCUGGCAAAGGAGGGGUUGGCAAAUCAACAACUGCAGUAAAUCUGGCACUGGGUAUUGCUGCAAGUGACCAGGUUAAAGCUGUGGGCUUGCUGGAUGCUGAUGUGUACGGACCCUCUAUACCACGAAUGAUGAACCUAAAGGGAAACCCAGAGGUAUCCAACAAAAAUCUGAUGAUCCCUCUGUUCAACUAUGGCAUAAGAUGCAUGUCAAUGGGCUUCCUUGUGGAGGAGACUGCACCCAUUGUGUGGCGAGGUUUGAUGGUCAUGUCUGCAAUCGAAAAGUUGCUAAGGCAGGUAGAGUGGGGAGAGUUGGAUUACCUGGUGAUUGACAUGCCCCCAGGAACAGGGGAUGUGCAGCUAUCUAUCUCUCAGAACAUCCCCAUCUCUGGGGCAGUGAUUGUCUCAACUCCCCAGGACAUUGCUUUGGUGGAUGCUCGCAGAGGAGCUGAAAUGUUCCAGAAAGUCAACGUGCCAGUACUAGGAUUCGUUCAGAACAUGAGUAUAUUUCAGUGUCCAAAAUGCAAUCAUGAGACACACAUUUUUGGAGAGGAAGGAGCCCGGAGAUUAGCAGAAUCUUUAGGAUUUGAUAUUUUAGGAGACAUUCCUCUGCAUAUCAACAUCAGAGAGACCAGUGACCAGGGUAGGCCAGUGGUGGUGUCAGACCCUCAGAGCAGUGAAGCCAAGGCUUACCUGAAGAUUGCCAGUGAGGUGCUCAGAAGAAUUUCCAAAACUGAGUUGUAGUCUGAUCAGAAAUGCACAACCUGACACAAACCCUCUCCUAGACUGCGUGUCGGCCAGUCAUACAGAGAGUAGGAUGAGGCAGUAUGUGGAGUUAGUAUGGUAUCGGGGGCAUCGUCCACUGCCGCUGCCAAGCCUCUAUUAAACUUGGGAGUUCUGGAUACCCGUAUUGCCUGUGGGGCACUGAAUAUCAACGAAUCAGUGGCCUGUGAAGCAGCUGCAUAUUCUGUUUUUUAUGGACACAACAGAAAUCUUUUAUGUACAAUCUAAAGUACUUAAAGGACUACUUUUUGCAUGAUAAAAGCAAAUGGAAUUCUAA